CAGCCUUUGACUGCCUGCAGCACUACCUCGACAAGAGAUUAUAAACGGGAACUUGAAAUGAAGCAAAGAUUCUCUUCGUUAGAUGUGAAAGUCAUAUCUCACGAGCUUAACGUCGCUCUAUCGACCCUUCGUGUGUCUAACAUCUAUGAUCUCUCCAGCCGUAUUUUCCUCUUCAAAUUUGCAAAGCCCGGCCGCAAGGAGCAGCUUGUAGUCGACUCCGGUUUCCGAUGUCACCUCACGGACUUCAAUCGUAGUACCGCUUCUGCUCCCUCGCACUUCGUGCAGCGACUUCGGAAGUACCUCAAGACGAGACGAGUCACGAAAGUGGCACAAAUCGGAACUGAUAGGAUCAUAGAGCUCGAGUUCUCAGAUGGAUUGUACCGGCUAUACCUGGAAUUCUAUGCGGGUGGCAAUAUAGUGCUAACUGAUGGCGAGGGCACUGUCCUCUCAUUGUUGCGUACUGUCACGGAGGGUGCGGAGGAUGAAAAGCUAAGAGUAGGGGCAAAAUAUAACCUCGCCGGCCGGCAGAAUAUCAAUGGCGUUCCAGAACUUACGAAAGAGAGAAUCAAGGAUGGACUGGAAAGAGCUAUUCACAGACAGCAGGCUUUUGCUGAAGAGGAUAACGUUGCGCCAAAGAAGGACAAGAAGAAAUCGACGAAGGAUGUGCUGCGCAAAAGUCUUGCCGUGUCCAUUAAUGAGUUUCCGCCAAUGCUUGUGGAUCACGCCAUGAAAAUUCGCGGAUUUGAUUCGACCAUAAAGCCUGAAGAAGUUCUAUCUAGUGAAGAGCAGCUAGACAAACUGCUAGGGGUGCUGCAAGAGGCGCAAAAAUUGGUUGCCGAGAUUACACGUUCAGAUGUGGUGAAGGGGUACAUCGUUGCAAAGAAAAAUCCGAAGGCAGGAACAGCGGAAGAUGAGAAAAGCCCGGCACAGGAGAAAGUUCUAUAUGAAGACUUUCACCCAUUCAAGCCCGCGCAGUUUGAGGAUGAUCCCCAAGUGUCCUUCCUUGAAUUCGAAGGAUUCAACAAGACCGUUGAUGAAUUCUUUUCCUCUAUAGAAGGCCAAAAGCUAGAAUCGCGACUUCAUGAGAGGGAAGAGGCAGCGAGGAAAAGGCUGCAACAAGCGAGAUUAGAGCACGAGAAGAGAAUAAGCGGGCUUCAACAGGCACAAGAGCUCAAUGUACGCAAGGCAGAGGCAAUACUUGCAAACAUUGAGAGGGUGGAGGAAGCCCAGGCCGCUGUCAAUGGACUGAUUGCACAGGGCAUGGACUGGGUUGACAUUUCGCGUCUCAUCGAAGCAGAACAACGACGAGGAAAUCCAGUUGCAGCUAUGAUAAAGCUACCACUGAAGCUAUACGAGAAUACGGUCACCCUGUUACUGGGCGAAGCUGAGGCAGAGAUGGAAAACGACUCAGAUUAUGCCGAGUCGGACACGAACAGCGAGAUCUCAAUGAGCGACGACGAAUCUGACAGUGAGCAGGCUCAAGAGAGGAAGCAAAAACAUAAAGAGGGCAAGUACGAACGUCUAGCUAUUGAUAUUGAUCUUGCUCUUACUCCUUGGGCAAAUGCUUCGCAAUACUACGAUCAGAAGAAAACGGCUGCUGUAAAAGAAAGCAAGACUGUUCAAGCAUCUGCGCAAGCACUGAAGUCAACAGAGCGCAAAAUUGCCGCUGAUCUGAAGAAAGGAUUGGAUCAAGAGAAAGAAGUGCUCAGACCCGUACGGAAACAAUUCUGGUUUGAGAAGUUCUACUAUUUCAUCUCGAGUGAUGGGUAUCUCGUUCUUGGUGGGAGAGAUGCUCAGCAGAAUGAACUGUUGUACAAACGACAUCUGAGAAAGGGCGAUGUGUAUGUGCAUGCGGACUUGCAUGGCGCCGCAUCAGUCGUAAUCAAGAACAAUGCCGCAACACCUGAUGCACCGAUUCCUCCAUCUACUCUGUCGCAAGCCGGAACAUUUUCCGUAGCUGCGAGUAGUGCCUGGGAUUCUAAAGCAGUGAUGAGCGCCUACUGGGUCAAUGCGGAUCAAGUUAGCAAAACUGCACCAACAGGCGAGUACCUAAGUACUGGUGGAUUUAUGAUCCGAGGGAAGAAGAAUUACCUCCCCCCAGCACAACUACUUCUUGGCUUUGCUGUGAUUUGGCAGAUCAGCGAGGAGAGUAAAGCCAAUCACCAGAAGCACAGGUUCAGUGAGCAAGAGGUAAAAAGCAUGGAGGAUAGUAUGGCCUCGACAACUAUUGGGGAUACUGAGAUGGUUUCGACAAAAAGGAAUGCAGAGAACGCUGAUCAUGAGACGGAUAGCGAUGAAGGAUUUCCAGACGCAACCAUUACUGCAAAAAUUGAGAGCGACGACGAGGACUUCCCGGACGCAAAGUUAGAGGGACCUACACAUUCUGAUUCUGAUGAUCAGUAUAACGAAGAAAAUGUGGCACAUCAUGCAAAUCCUCUCCAGCCUAAGGCGUCUUUGAAUGUUCAGAGCGAUGACGACGACGAUGAUGAGUCCAGUGAAGUUGAUUCGAAUCAAGAGGGUCGUUCAGCUCCUCAGCCAAAGGAUCACGCUGCGCAAAGACAUCUCACAGCUCAAGAACGACAACAGCUAAGAACCGGAAAGACGCUAACAGCUGUUGAGAAUGAUGCCGCUUCCAACACGUCAAAGUCGACUUCUCAAACGAAGCCGAAAAAUUUACCUUUACCCCGAGGAAAACGAGGCAAAAUGAAGAAAGCAGCAAUGAAAUAUGCCGAUCAAGACGAAGAAGACCGUGAACUUGCUAUGCGCAUCUUAGGCUCGCGGACGGGACAAGAUGCUGCCGCAGAGGCGGCAGCUGCGCGGAGUGCAAAGAAGGAGGAGGAGGAGAGACAAAAGCAGAGGAGAAGAGAGCAACACCUACGUGCACAGGAGGAGGGGAAAGCGGCGGAAGCGAGGAGACUGGCAAAACUCGAAGGUGCAACUUCAGGAGAAGAUGACGUAGAGAGAAUCGUGGAAGAGUUUGGCAUUGACUGCUUUACGGGUCGACCAUUGCCAGGCGAUGAGAUUCUCGCUGCAAUACCUGUCUGCGCGCCAUGGAGUGCACUUGCGACAUAUAAGUACAAAGUCAAACUUCAACCAGGUAAUAUCAAGAAGGGAAAAGCGGUGACGCAGAUUUUGGACACCUGGAACAGAGAUGGCAAAGACGUCAAGAAGGUUGAUCGGGCAAGUCAAGACACUGAGAAGCUGUGGCCAAGAGAGGUAGAACUUAUCAAAGGCAUGAAGCAAGUUGAAGUUGUGGGUACAUUGCCUGUGAAAGGCGUUAGGCUCGUCAUCGCAGGAGGGGGUGACAGCAAGGGUGGCGGCAGCGGGUCAAAGAACUCUGGCGGGAAGGGCGGAGCGAAAGCCGGAGGCAAAGGUGGGGGGAAGGGGAAAAAUAAAAAAUAGCAAUUUUGAGUCUUAAUCAAGAAGCUCGCGGCAAAGCAUUAUGCGACAAAGAUUUUUGUCCAUGUGCAAGUCUCGAUCAUGCUCAUCUCAAGCGGCUGUUGUUCUCUGCUGUGCUCAAUAAAGCUAACGCGCAUCGACAGAU